ACUCAAAAAUAUAAUAAUAAUUUGACUACUUCUAAGAAGCGUAGGGUUAAAAACCCGAUUUUAAAAAUGAUAUAUCAUAACUGCUGACUUUAGAGGAACAUUUCCUAAUUUUCUUUUAUCAACAGUUUUUAGUCAUGUCAAAUUCCGUUGACUUCAUAGAAUUCCCAAGUUCAUUAAACUUCCAUAAUUAUAGCAAACCAAAAUGAUAAACCCGUGUCGUUUAUAUUACUGUGCUUUUUUUUAAAUUUAUUCUCAUCUUUUCCCUCGAAAAGAUAAUUUAUAUCCCCAAGGGUACAAAGUAUGAGAUGAAUUCAAAGGUAAACGACUUCUAUUAAGCAAAUUAUUGUCUACUACAAAAAGAAUUAUUUAAUAUUUAUUUUUAAUAACAUCAAUAAUAGAAGCUAGCAGAUGUCUGAUAUUGUCGCAAAUAUUUCCGGUUAGUCGGAUUAUCGAAAGUUUGUCAUUUUAACUUGCGGUCUGUAAAUUUAAUGGAGGUUAAGAUGUUAAAAUCGGUUAAAUAAAUAUUUUGAUUAAUAGGAUUUUUUUUAGUUAUGAUUCUAGAAUUUCUGGAAAUGAUUUUUUUACAGGUCUAUGCCUUUUAAAAGAUUAAAGUUCAAGCGGUUUAAAUUUAUACUUUGAUAAAAAUAACGAUGCGAGAUAGAAAAUAUUUAGUAGUGGAUGGAGUCUUAUAUCUAAUAGAACGACAAUAAUUGUAAAAUUUUAUAUCUACGCCACUUAAUUUGGUUAAAAUUUAUCUUUGACCUCUAUUUAACUAUUAGAAAUAAUUUUAAACAGCGUUAAAGUUAAUGUGGAAGAAAUAACGAAAAUAGUUACAUAUAAAAUAAUUUUUAAAAUUUAAAAACAUUUGAAAUAAAGUGACAUCAUCGUCAUUAGUAAAAAUACAAUGUUGCAAUAAGAUACGAAAUAGAGCGAAAUAAAAAAAAGAAAUACAUGCAUAUAUAUAUGUGUAACAUACAGUUUUUUAACAAAUACAGCGAUAAGUUAUACGCACAAAGCGAAAGGACAAUAAUGCGUCGAAUCAACCGCUGGCAGAGAGAGCUCUUGACAAAUCCAAGUGGCUGUAGAUGCCAGCCAGUUGAAAACUAUUGCGGGAACUCCACACUCGACCUUCGAUCGCCCCCAGAUAGAACACGUGACUGUAAGGUCGAUGACAUCCUCCAUUCACGUGACUACCGACUAUAUAGAGAGGUAGACACAUGCGCUUCACACACAAGCUCACAAAUAGCCAAACUCAAAAGAUGUUUCUCUACCUGCUAGCUUUUGCGUUUGGCGCUGUGGUACGGGCCGACGUUAGCGCUACUAAUGGAAUGUUGAGAGGACUUAGAGUAGAAACCGAACGAGGUUCUGUGACCAAGUAUCUUGGCAUUCCGUAUGCACAACCUCCUUUAGGGAACCUCAGAUUUCGUCCUCCUAUUGCAUUGAAUUCCGCACUCCAAGAAGGUGAUGCCACACGAUCGGGACUGCAAUGUCCUCAGCCUCCUCAUCUGAAAGAAGUUAUGAGUCCUCUCUUAUUCUAUGGAAAUAUGUCAAACUGGAGCGAAGAUUGUCUGCAUUUAAACAUUUAUGUCCCAGAAAGCAGAGAAGUUAUGCCGAUAAUGGUUUGGUUAGCUGGAGAAGGAUUUAGUUACGCAGAUCCGACACAAUUCGAUGGAACCCAACUGGCUGCUCUUGGUAAAGUUAUCGUCGUUACCGUGAGUUAUAGAGUUUCUGUAUUUGGUUUCUUAUCCUCUUUAACUGCAAAUGCUCCUGGAAAUAUUGGUCUUCUCGAUCAGAGAAUGGCACUACAGUGGGUUCACGACAAUAUCAGAAAAUUUGGGGGAGAUCCCGACAGAGUAACGCUGUUUGGCAGAUUUACAGGAGCUAUGGCAGUUUCUAUGCAUUUGGCAUCACCUCUCCAUUAUAACGAAAGACUUUUUAAAAGAGCUAUUAUCCAAAGUGGUAUAGCUACUGGCAAUUAUAUUUUCGAAGAUAAACCGAAAGAAGCCUUGGAACAAUUAACCAAAUUAACUGGAUGUGAUAAAGCGAUAAAUUCAAUCGAAUGUUUACAACUAAUGCCAGCAGAUGAAUUACUGAAGGCCGCAUUACCUCUUUCUGACAGAUGGCGACCCGUUAUAGACGGACAUUUCUUGACUGAAGAUCCGAUGACAACGUUCGAACGAGGCAUCCAAACAAGUACGGAUCUCCUCCUUGGCACCAAUAAGGACGAAGGUUCUAUUUGUUUGCUGACUUUGUAUUUUUUGAAUUCUCCCGCUUAUCAAGAUAUCAUUGGAAACACCUUACAAAGUUACAGAUUUAAAGAACUCUUAAAAGACAAUCUUCUCGACUAUUACAAGACUGAAAAUUCUAUUUUAGAAGAAGUAGCAUAUGAUAAAUACAGAUAUAUGGAUGAUUCUAGGAAAAACUUGAGAGACAAAUAUAUUCAAUUUUGUGGAGAUUUAUAUAUUAAAAACAACAUGGAGAAGUUAGCAAGAUUGGCUUCGGUCAGAAAUCGUGUUUACGUCUAUCAGUUCGAUCACAGACCGUCGUUUUCAAUUCAGCCUCCAUUUAUUUCUGCUGCUCAUGGCGAUGAUGUUCUGUUUACUUUUGGUUUGGCUUAUCAAUAUGCAAAUUCUACACCAGAAGAAAAGAAACUCAGUCUGAAAACAGUCGCUGCUUUUAGUAAUUUUGCAAAAAAUGGGCAUCCUGAAUUUGAAAAUUACCCACAUUUAACGUGGCCCAGAUACACUUACGUCAACAAAACAAUUCUUCAUUUCAACGUUAAUAUGAAUGAGAAUUCUACAGUUUCCGGAUGUAACGAUCCAAUCAUUUCUUUUUGGGAGAAUGUCGUGCAAGCUUUAGAACAUUGCAAAAAUACUUUGACACCUGUAGAGGAUGGAAGAGUUUACUUUUUAGACUUAAAACUGAACACAAGGACAGUCGAAUGUUUAAUAUUCGUUCUUGUAGGCGUAAUCAUAUUUUUAAUAGUUAUUGUAGCGUUUAUAGUUCGUUCGGCUUGCAGUAAUUCCAAAAGUGAAGAACCCUACAGAAAAUUAUGAAAAUC